AUGGGUUUUUACAGUAAUGACGCACAGGGUAGUACACAUAUUUCGAUCAAUAAAUGGAUACAUGCAGCAUUUGUCUAUAAUGCAGCUUCACUUGAACAGACCGUAUAUUUGAAUGGUAUCAUCGAUGGAACGCACAAGCCGGCUAGCGCACUAGCAGCUUCACUAGCUAAUCUUACAAUUGGUACAAAUCAGGUGAUCAGCUCUCCAGUAAACUUCUUUCAGGGCUACAUAGAUCAAUUGACAAUCUCCACUCGUGUCAAAUCGUCAUGCGAAAUACUCGACGAGGCAACAUUAGUCGCUCACUUCACAUUUGAUAGUCCUUCGCCUCUCAUCGACUCAGGACCUAAUUCAAUCAGUGCGACUGCUUCCAACUAUACAAUCAUCUCCAGUGGAAAAAUUAACCAAGCUAUUUCUUUUGAUGGCUCAUCACAAUCAUAUUUUCAAGCAUCAAGUUUCAUAUUACUUGGAGUCACGAAUUAUUCAUUUUCGAUUUCGCUUUGGGUUUCACCUUAUAAUCUCACGGGUACUCUUGUUUUUAUAACAGUAAAUCUAACGCAGACGACAUUUUGUUAUCCCUUGUUGGGUUUUACAUCGAAUGGACCACUUGUCGCUCAAAUUUACAUAGGUAGCUCAUCAAUAUCUGUUGCUUCAGGUCCAAUUUUGUCUGUUUCACCAUCAUGGACACUGAUCGUUCAAACGUGGAGUACAACAAAUGGAUUAAGACUCUAUGUAAAUAAUGUACUAGUGAGUUCAGUACCUACAGCCACAACCUAUGUAGCAAGUGGUUCGGCAUCGAACUAUUUGCUAUUAGGCAAUUGUGGAAAUAAUUGUGGAUGUCUCAAUGGAGCUGUCAGUGCACCUGGUCCAUUCUCAGGUGCAAUUGAUGAUUGGCGAAUUUACAGUCGAGAACUAGCUGCAGCUGAUGUGUGUUCUCUUUACACCAUGGCUUGA